AUGCGUCGUCUUGCUGGUAGCGUCUUUAGGGUGAUUAUUUUUCGUCAUAAACUACGUGUGCUGAGUACACUCAACGAGGUAAAGCUUACUCUUAGUGAGUUAUCAGAGUCUGGUGUUGGUCGUGCUGUUCGUAAAUUAAAAAAUGAACCCGGUGAACUUGGAAAAACUGCUAGUACCCUUAUAUUAAAAUGGAAAAAUCUACUCAGUGAGCAUAUAAAACAAGAAUCCAUAAAUAUCAGUGUGCCCAAGGAUUCCGAAAAAUGUGAUGUUAAUGAAACAUCCAAAAGUCUCAGACAGACUUCAAGUAAGGGCAAAUCAGUGUCGGUUAUCAAUGACAAAACAAUCAACUCGACUAAAAGUCCUGGGAAUAAUUUAGGGAGGAAUGUGCAAAAUUUAGAUGAAGAUGACGUGGUCCCAAAUGCUCAAAAUAAUUCGCUGCUUCAUACAACUGCAAAUUCUGGUUGUCUUCCAAACACUUCUACUUCUGACGAUUCGUGUUCAUACCCUAAAGUUAACCAUAAGUUUCCAAAUAGUAAAGUUAAAUCGACAUCUAGCAAAAAACGAAAGUCCACAGAGAUCGUGGACUCAAUCGACUCUUCUAGUGGAAUGUCGUUUAUGGAUUCAUUAAAUGUCAACGCAAACACUCGCACUCAUCGAAAGAAAAAGUGUAAUCUAACCAGUGCUCCAAGUGAUGAUUCCCAACAGAGCGUCGACAAAAAGCUUGAUAUAACUCCUCUGAAUAUUCCACUUCGACCUUCUGAAGCAUUUAGUGCAGAAAUUAUCUCAUCACUUUCUGAACCAGUUAAUCGUCCAGAUAUCGUUCAUCGUUCACCUAAUUUUCGGCUAAAUGAAACAGUGGAAGACGAUUUCGAUAAUGGAGAUUUAAAAUUCAAAUCAAAGAAAGUUCUUUGGGUACCAAAACAAAACCGUUCAUCAUUACCUCCUAACAAUCAUUCGAAUUCAUCGGAUAAUUUUCCUGGUUUCUUUGAUCCUCCCAGUUUAAUUGAUCUUUGUGUUGAUGUAUUGACUCGUAAUAUAAGUCGUAUUGAUCAUGUCAGAGAAGUACCUUAUGAAUUACUUGCGAAAGUCUUACGUAGUGCCUCGGUAGAUGACUUGACCAGAAUUGAACGCUAUAAUCCACAAUUCGUCGGAUUGAAUGAUGAUUUAUGGCGUAAAUAUGUAAAUCGAGAUUUUCAUCAUUUAUCUAAUAUUCGUCGUCGACCAGAUGAAACAUGGUGUGAUUUUUACAAUCGAUUAUCUAAAGAAGAAACAAAGCGUUUAGAUCGAAUUAUUUCACAAUCUGCACGUAAAGUCAAAGAAGAACUAGAAACGCGACGAACUACCUUGACUACUGAAGUGAUUACUCCACGUCAAAUGCAACGACGUGGUGGUUAUCGUCAAAUAAACUGUAGAUCUAGUAAUAACAACAAUGGAUUAUCUAAUUUUAAACCACGUAAUAUGAGUCAUCCAUCUCCGAAUGGUACAAAUAUACAUAGCAAAAUAAAUCGACCAAUCGCUUCAACAUCAAAUACAAAUACUUCGAACACUAAUGCUGGUGUUGGUGGUGGUGGUCUUUUGAACAAACUACGUAAGCAAUUCCAUUCUGGUCAUCUCAGGUGUCAAAGUAUACAUUCUAUUAGUAAUAGUAUUUAUAAUUAUAAUAUUUAUAAAAUUGUUCAUUAUAUUAUGUACCAUGGUAAAAUUGCAUAUUAUCAAUUUUACUAUUUUGAAAACAAACUAUCAUAUCUCUUUAUCUAUACUAUGUAUCCUGCUGUGAUAGUGUUGUUAACUGGUCAAAUGCAAUAA